AUGGAGGUGCCUUGGCCUGUCACAGCACGGCAGCGUCAGGUGACACACCAUCACGCCUCCUCACUCUCAGAUGUCCCAGUAAUGUCUCAGCAGAUGAACCACAGGCCGCAGCUUGUCCCUCCAUCACAGCUGAGUCCAAACAGCAGCCUGCCGCUGUCACUGUCUGUUAACAUGUCACCACACAAACACCUGCAGGAGCUUCGACCAUGUGAGCAGCCAUCGCUGACGCUUUGUUUCAUCUCAGAGUGGGUCUCAUGGUGGAGGUUAGCAGGUCGCAAUUAA